GCCUACGCAUGGAAAAGGAUAUCCCACAGUUGUACAAACGAAUAUCUUAAUAAGAAGCAUGGGACCGGUCUCUGAACUUGAUAUGGAUUACUCCAUGGAUUGUUACUUCAGGCAAUACUGGCGCGACACGAGGCUUUCUUUUCUCGGUCCCAUUCGUUCCUUGUCACUUUCCAUCAAGAUGUUGGAGCGGAUCUGGCGACCAGACACCUACUUCUACAAUGGAAAGCACUCUUAUGUACAUACUAUCACAGUGCCGAAUAAGUUGCUACGCAUUAGUCAACAUGGAGAUAUUUUGUACUCUAUGCGGUUGACAAUAAAAGCUAAAUGCCCUAUGGAACUCCGGAAUUUUCCGAUGGAUCGCCAAUCAUGCCCUCUUGUUCUUGGAAGCUAUGCGUACUCGAACCAGCAACUGGUGUACCAGUGGCAGAACUCGCAGAGCGUCAAUUUCGUGCCUGGGAUGACUCUAUCACAAUUCGACCUUAUCAGCUUUCCGUACAGAAACUUUACGUUCACCAGGAGAGAAGGUGACUUCUCGGUCCUGCAAGUGUCGUUCAACCUCCAGCGUCACACGGGAUAUUUUCUCAUACAAGUGUACGUGCCCUGCAUCCUCAUCGUGGUCCUCUCGUGGGUCUCGUUUUGGAUACAUCGCGAGGCAACUUCAGACCGGGUAGGACUAGGGAUCACAACAGUGCUGACCUUGUCCACAAUAAGUCUCGACUCGCGGACAGAUCUUCCGAAAGUUCGCUACGCUACGGCCCUGGAUUGGUUCCUGCUCAUGAGCUUCUUCUACUGCAUAGCUACUUUACUGGAAUUUGCCGGAGUGCAUUACUUUACCAAGGUCGGCUCGGGGGAGAUCGUGAUAGACGAUUCCGAAUGGGAAGAAUUAAUCGAAGAAGUGGGCGGCGACGCUUUUGCCGCCAGACAACUCGCGAGCUUCUCGUUACCAGUGCAAGGCAAUUGUUCAGGCGACGAAAUGCCAGCGACGACGCCAGCUGCGACCGGGCACGGUGGCGCAGUCAGGUUGACGAUGGAGCGGACCACCCAGACGGAACACCGCGUCCCAAAGUGGAGACAACUGCUUUACUGCUUGGCUGGCGAUGAUCAGUACCGACGGCAGCGUCAGCGAGAAGCUGGCAGCCGCGGCCACAUCAACAGCGUUUCUCACAUCGAUCGAGCUGCCAGAGUGUUCUUCCCGGCGUCAUUCGUUCUUCUCAACCUGUUCUACUGGAUGGUCUACGCGUUCUCGAACGAUGAUUUUGCCUGGAGCGACAACCCUAUCAAAACUUUAUCUCAUUGAGCAACGUCCAAAGCAGAGAUGCCGCAAUUGUGGGUUACGACGACAUCUGCAGAUGCGGAUACAAAUUUUUCGUCGUUGAAAUCUGCUGCUGCGGAUGCAAAUGUGUGAAAAAAAAAUUUUGUUUCUUGUUGGUUUGGUGAUAAUUAAAUAUAAUUUAAGUAA